UUCGAGGCUGAUCGUCGCGCAAUAAACAUAACAAUAAACUCGUUUGGUACGGAGCUCUCGAGAGACGACCGUGCAAAACUAUUCCCCAAGUUGGGAAAAUUGUAUCCAGACGGACAUUCGAAACUUGCUCGGGCUGACGACUAUGAUCAGGUUAAAAACAUUGUUGAAGUAUGGGCGGAAUAUCGUCCAUUUUUCGAUACCUCAUUAUCAGAAGCCAAGACGCUCGAGGACAGUUUCUUCGAAUACGAAGUGCAUCUUAAUAAAUUGACUUUCCAACAGCAAUUUAACUAUGCUAUCUUUUAUGCCUUUUUAAAAUUAAAAGAGCAGGAAAUUCGUAAUAUUGUUUGGAUUGCUGAAUGUAUUAAUCAAGGACAGAAAGAGAGGAUCAAUAACUAUAUACCGAUCUUCUGA